AUGCAUAUACUCAUCCAGGUGCUUGUCGCUUUCGCUCUGAAAGUAUUGGCCCAGUACGAAGACUUGCCACCAGAGCUCGCCACCACCGCUUAUCCAGACUUGAAUGACACAAAUCUUCGCGGUACAUGGCUGUGGGGCUUUAAUGGAUGCGACAAAGUCCAGACGGCAAAUAUUAAGGAAGCAUACGAUGAUUUCAAAACCCUUUCCAACACUAAAGGCGUCCUAAGCAACAUUGAUUGGAACAGUGCUGCUGCCUUGGAAUACCUCGGUCCCCCAGGUUUCAAUAAAAACCAGCAGAAACAAAUCCAGGCAGUUUUUGCAAAUGCUGCAACUAAUCCGCCUCCCCAAACACCGAAUCCAAGUCUCAAUGCAUAUUCGCUGAAUUCAGACCCGGAUGACCCCAACUGGCCUAUGAUCAAUUUUUGCAAACCAUGGUUUGAGAAGAGAAGUCUUGGAAACGCGUACGCUUUUGGGAGUGGUCAAACUGGGACUGCAAAAUUUGAUAUUACCAAAUAUCUUAAUCGAGCCGAAACCAUGUUUCAUGAGCUUCUCCACCUGAAUAAUGUCGCGGAUUCUGUGGGAAACGUCCCAAAUCCAGUUGUUGACGAUAUGACAAUCACGUACGCCUUUCGCGCAUCGACUGGCAGAGACGUGACCGUAGAGGAGAGAGCAUAUGGUGCCACCCGCUCCAAACUCCUUGCACGUUUCAAGCCAGAGAUUGGCGAUCUACCGACGGGCUAUUAUGUCCAGCGAAAUGCUGACAAUCUUGUAUUCUACGCGUUGGCCAAAUAUACGCAGGAGAAGCUUGGGGCAUACCCUCAUAUGCCUGUCAUCAGAGAGUUUAAGCUUACCUUACCGCCCUUCAAGAAACCGAAUCCUGUCAUUGAGUACAAAUCGAUCGACAAUAAGGCUGUGUUGCUGGAUGAGCUAGAUAUUGAACCUGUACCUGGAUGCAAUGACCGUUUGGAUGAUGCCAGCCCCACCAGCCUCACUCUGGGAACUCCAUACGACGACAGCGAAUACCCCUCAGACUAUCGAAUUCAGAUGGCUCAAUGGGUGGGCGCCUUGUCAGAUACUCCAGCCCUAGGCCAACCAUUCCCUCCCAGAUGUCAGAGUGAUGUCUUGACCGACGCUAUUUAUAGCACUAGUCUUGCUGAGGCUGCCGACAAAGUCCAACAAUACUGCAGCAACAAGGCCUGGUGGGAAGUGAAUAUUGUUCCAGCAGUUACCUUCGGUGAUGGUUCUGGCCACAAGGCGCUUGGUGUCAGCGACAACUUUACAGUCAACGGCUCAGCUGACAAGCUUUGCCUUGAUGUUUCUUGGAAGCCGGGAUGUAUGGGAAGUUCGCUAUUCACAGUCGGAGCAACAGAUGGCGACAAAAAGUCCUAUUGCACUACGAGAUUUCUGGCAGCUUUAAAUGGGUGUGAUACAUCCUCUACUGAUAAAAAGUACGGCGGAGGUCUCGUCGACAACUGCCUCGUCUACAGAAUCGGCGCCGUAGCAGCAGACGCCGACGUGCCAUUCACAGUCUUCACAGGUGGGCCAGAAUUUUCCUGCACUGAUGGGGACGCAUCCUUCGACCCCAGCUUCUCAAACGCAUGCAGCUGUUUCUACACCGGUGAGCCUGAGACCGUGGCCCUCUUUGACAAGCCUGACGGAGGAUGUCCGACUCUCACGAAACCUCCCGCGAUGACUUUCCAGGAGGUGCAAGGAGCUACUGCCACUAGUGCUGCGAAGCGGGAUUACCUUGGUGAAUCCAGCAGGACUCAUCCUAGAGACGUGACCAGAAGGGUGUGA